AUGGGUACUACAGGUCAAUCUAUUACGCUUGCCAACAGUAUUAUCGGAGUUGGCGUACUUGCUAUGCCCUUUUGUUUUCAACAAUGUGGUGUACUACUAGCUACAUUAAUUUUAAUUUCUAUGGGCUUAGUAUCAAGAUUAUGUUGUUAUUUUCUCUUGAAGUCUGCAAUUAUUACUAGAAGAAGAAACUAUGAAUUUCUUGCAUUCCAUAUAUUUGGACCAGCUGGGAAAAUGGCAGUUGAAUUGGGCAUUAUAGGUUUUUUAAUGGGCACAUGCAUAGCCUACUUUGUAGUUGUUGGAGAUCUUGGUCCUCAAAUUAUUGCAAAAAUGUUAAAUAUUAACCAAAGUGAUAUUUUAAGAACAUCUAUAAUGGUGAUAGUAUCCCUAGUUUGUGUGUUACCACUAGGUUUACUGCGGAAUGUUGACAGCCUUAGUAAUGUCAGUGCUGCAACUAUUGCAUUUUAUUUUUGUUUAGUUAUAAAAGUGAUAGCCGAAGCAACCACACAAUUAUUCGCAGGGGACUGGACAUCUCGUAUAGAGAUGUGGAAGCCGGCCGGCGUACUGCAAUGUGUGCCAAUAUUCUCUAUGGCACUGUUCUGUCAGACGCAGUUGUUUGAAAUUUUCGAGUCUUUACCAACGUUAUCUUUAGAGAAGAUGUGCUUAGUCACUAAAAACGCCAUUAAUAUCUGUUCAGGCGUAUACUUUACGCUUGGCGUGUUUGGUUACAUAGCGUUUGGAUCACAAGAGAUUUCAGGUAACGUUCUCACUUCAUUAAGUCCGACACUCGCCAGUGAUGUCAUAAAGCUGGGUUUCGUGAUGUCUCUGGCGCUGAGCUUCCCGCUCAUUAUCUUCCCGUGUCGAGCCUCGCUAUACUCAUUCCUGUACAGACGGGCUCAUCCAUCCCACGAACACGCAAACGCCUACAGCGGUCACACGAGCAAUUCCGCGAUCCCAACGGGCGCCUUCCGCUCCCUAACCCUCGGGAUCGUGGGAUUGGCGCUGGGCGUGGGAUUGCUUUUGCCCACUGUGGAGCUAGUGCUGGGACUGCUGGGUGCUACUGUGGGCGUGCUGGUGUGUAUAGUGCUACCUGCUGCAGCGUUUUUGAGAGUGGUGGGAAGGGACCAUCAUGAGCGAACGUUGGCUAAGUUCACGGUGGUUCUUGGCGUGAUCAUCCUCAUUCUGGGCACGUUCGCCAACCUGCAGGCGGCGGAGCAGUCGCGCGACAAGUACGACGACCGCUUCACGCAGGAACGAAUCGACCAGAUCGUAGAGGAGUUCUUCCAUAAGAGGGAGAAGGAUGGUAUGUUGGUCAAACCUCCGAUACAGGAACAGCUAAUUUCACAUGAAGGUUUGUAUAAAUCUAAUAAUCCCGUAGUAAAAGAUUCUGAAGUACAACCGCCUAACCCAGUUCCGCCUGAAUCACAUUCCAAGGAGGAAAUACCUCAAAAAAAUGUUGUAAAACAAAUACUAGCACAAAAGAAUCUCUUAAACGAAGCAUCUGAGUCGCAUCCGAGAAAUGUUAAUUUAAAAUUAAACGAAGAAAAACUUGCCAAUGGCGCUAAAGUCGUUGAAGAGAAAAAAGAAGUUCCUAAUAUAGAAAAACUCAAAGAAGAUAAUCUUCAAUCAAGUCAAGAGAAGAUUGAUAUAAUGAAACAUCAACAACUAAUAGAAACGAUAAAACAACACGGUGAAGAACAGAAGGAGCUGAUUAAAGAGCAAAAAGAAAUAUUAGAUGAGAUUAUGAAAACUAAAAAAGAGUUGCAGAAGAAUAAAAAUGAAGUUGAUAGCAGUGAGGCUAAGAAAAUAGCGGUUGAGAGUAUACAAAAAAUUGCUAAUAUGGCGAUACAAAGUUUGAGCGGCGUCACUGAUAAACCGGUAGAUGAAGUCGCCGUGAAAGGAGAUCCAUUAAAGAAAAUUGCAAAUAUAGCUGUCAAUAAAAUAGCUAAACAAGCUGAAGAAACUUUAGACGCCAUUAAACAUAUAGACGAAGCAAAAGAUAAAAAGCAAAUCGUACCAGAAACAGAAGUAAAAAAAGAUAAUAAUGCAAAUAUUCAAAUCAAUAUAAAUAAUAAUCAGCAAAAUGUACUGGAUAUAAAUAGCAAACCUAAAAUUGAGUCGGUCCAAAAGCCUGCAUCAGAGAAAAAUAUUGUUGAAAAAUUAAGUAAUGGUAUAGCGAAUGGUAAGGAAGUGCAAUCUAAUAUCAAGCAAAAUGCACAACCAGAGAAACAGUCCAAUUUGAAAAUAGAUUCUGUACAAAAUAAACCAAAAUUAGAUAUUAAAGGGGUCAAAGAGGAAGUAAAUGAUAAAAACAUUGUGAAAGAUACUGUGAAGGAACAUUCUCACUUACCAGAUGAACCACAAUCGUACAAAGAAGGCGAAGAUUCACAAAAAGUGCUUAAACUGCAAAAUAACGUACAAAAUGUUCCAUUACUCAUAGCCAUGAGCGAGAAUAAAACAUUGAAAGAUAAAUUCAUAGAAACACACAAAGAAGAUAUUAUUAAUAAAAACGGUGCUAUUAAUUUUAAAGAAACAAAUAUAAAUAAUAAUGAAGAUGAUAAUUCAAAUAUAAUUCCACGGAGAAAACGUGAAGUUGUAGAUUGUACAGAAAAAACGACGUUAAAGCCUGAAGAUAAGCAAAUUUGCGAGAAUUUGGAUAAUGAACAAAAUAAAGUGCCGCAGGAAGUGUAUUUGAAGAAUGUUGAUUUAGGGGAAAGUGUUUUGUCCAAUGAUCUCCCCGUCAAAGCCAUGUUGCAUCACAUUAGGUCUCUCAAGAGCAUUCCAGAUAAAAAAAGA